UUUUUGGUGAGUUUCUACCUUGACUUUGAUACACAAGUAUAGAAGGAAGAGAAGAUGUAUGGAGUGGGACGUUUGGCGAUCUUUUUUUUUUCUUUCUUUCUUUUUGCCUGCUUUUCACACACCUAUUACCUCGAUAACUUUCUUUUCUUUCUUUUGUUCUUUCUCUUUCUCCCCUUUGCACAUACAUCCACUACCCAAGUACAGUUUUUUUGGGCCUGGUAAGUAAACUGAUGGUACUCUACGGGGUAAAGAAGUGGGUCUGGCAAUAGCCUCCGUCUUUCCAUUUCAAUAUUUGAGGGCGUUGGUGGUUGGCUGCUUGGUCAGCUUGUCCUUGACUAUUCGAUUGACUAUGUGACGAUGGUAACCCGAUCGAGAGGUAGGGAGCUGUUGAAAAUCGUGUGCUGUAUGUAUAACCUAGGCUGGGGUUGUCUUAGGCUAGGAGAGAUCGAGGAUGUUGAGAAUAUACCAG